AUGGCUACGGGCAAGAAAGGAGGGCACUUUGGUGCUCGAGCUAAAGCAUGCAAAAGUGUCCGCGGUAUGUGUGUUGGAGAGUGUAAAGGGACAUGUGGAAGGCCUAAGGCACACAAGCUGCUUAUGCAAAGAGGAGGAAAGCUAGAAAUAAGUUGUGUUAUUUGGGUUAUAGGCAAGGUUAAGGCGAGGAAGGGAGGAGGUCUUACGAGAAGGACUUACAAUAGAGAUAGGGAGAGGUCUGCUAGCUCUUUAAGGUAA